CCUACUCGUGACGUCAGCACCGUCAUCAGCUGAUAUUGUAACUUUGUUUACUAUCAGUAGUCAUGUCAGCUCUUUUUUACCUCCCUUUUUGGUGUAAUUUACAAAAUUGUUAACAUGUUACCAUUGUUCAGAUCCAGAUUCGUGUCCUCACAAUUUAACCGUGUGAUUCUAAAUUUCCAUAAGAGUUCGUCGCGAUCCUUCCACUCCAAGAAGUUCCAAAAGGACAAUGUUCCAGUAACAGUACCGCCUUCAUACAAGAAACGCUUCCUACAACUCACCGGCUUAGUGGUAGCUGGGAUUGUUGGCGCCGAUUAUCUUGACGACCUCGUUUACACCAAGGCCAUUCUGCGAUUUCUCCGGUCUUUGAAGACGGCCUCCCUGAUAUCAGCCGAUUACUUCCUAUUAUUUGCGACUCACGGAGAGGAGGAGGAGGACUACACCGACUUGUUGAAGGCAGUGCACCUGCGGUGUGCAAAUCGCAUUCUGCAAACCUGCUUGGCUAACGGCGGUCUCUAUAUAAAAGUGGGUCAAGGUGUGGCGGCUAUCAACCACAUUCUGCCAGUGGAGUACACGAAGACACUGGGAAAGUUACAAAAUGACUGCAUGACAGGCGAAAAGUUGGAUGUGAAGAAAAUUUUUGAAGAAGAUUUUGGCGCCACACCGGAAGCCUUGUUUAAGGAGUUCGAUUAUACUCCAAAAGCGGCUGCUAGCCUGGCGCAGGUGUUUCGGGCGAAAGGAAAAGAUGACGAGGAUCUUGCUGUGAAGGUUCAAUACAAUGAUCUUCAAAAACGCUUCAAAAGCGACCUUGGAACAAUUAUUUUCCUUCAAGACAUAAUUGAAAUUUUUUUCAAAGAUUACAACUUUGGAUGGAUUCUCCGAGACGUCAAGAAAAACCUCGAGCAGGAGCUAGAUUUUGUGCACGAGGGUUGGAAUUCCGAACGCGCUGCAAGGGAUUUAAAAGUCUUCAAAUAUGUCCAUGUGCCAAAAGUUAAAUGGGACUUGACUAAGACGAGAGUUCUGACCACUGAAUGGAUAGACGGUCAUAAAAUCGAUGAUUUAGAAUGGAUUAAAAAAGAAAAUCUGGACCUUCGUGAGGUAGACACUAAAUUAUUUAGUUUAUUCGCAGAACAAAUAUUCAGAACAGGUUUUGUGCAUGCUGAUCCUCAUCCUGGAAAUGUAUUUAUUCGCAAAUCAAAAUCUGGCAGAUUAGAAUUAGUCUUAUUAGAUCAUGGACUCUAUGAAAGCAUUUCUGAAUGUAUUCGUCAAUCACUAUGUCAGUUCUGGGAAGCAACUGUUAUUCGGGACGAGCGCACCAUGAAAGAAACCGCAGCUAAACUUCACAUUCAGAACUACAAACAGUUCGCAGAAAUUCUAUUCCAAACGCCAAUUGACCUCAAUGUUAACAAUAUUAAGACAAGACUGACUGAGAAGGAUAUCGAACAUAUACAACACAUCGCAAAAACAAAUUUCCGGUAUAUAAUGGAUGCGUUGAAAGAGAUGCCGAGGAACAUGCUGUUUGUUGUGAGAAAUCUGAAUACAAUUCGAGCAAUUGGUCGAGAACAUGGCGACCCUGUGGAUCGGCCUAAACUGAUGGCGCGAUACGCACAAAGCUGUUUGUAUAGAAACGAAAAUCGGUGCGUUGGUUUGGUGAAAUGGUUGUUUAGGAGAGCGCGUUUUGAAUAUUGCCUGAUUAAAGCAAAUUUUAAAAGUUUCUUACUAUCCAUCUACAUUGAUAUACUACACAAACUCGGAAGAUCCCCACAAGACUCCAGAAUACUGAAAAUUUCACCGGAACUAGAUAAUGUUUAAAUUUCCUUCUUUUAAUUCACGGUCGUAAAUUAUAUUAGGUCUAUUUUAAAUUGAAUUGUUUAACAAAUUUUCAUAAUAAAUUUAUUGUUGAUGGGC